AUGAAGGCAAUCCGCGGGACCGGCCGUAUGGUAGCAAGGUUCCUGCCUGACCGUAUCGGUCGAAUGAUGGUCGCUUAUAUUGCAUGGCUCCUGCCGGCUGAGAGGACACUGCGGCGCAAAUGCAAAUUACCGGAACCACGGGAAGAGUGCUUGGAGUUCUUGUGGAGAAAUGGCAACUCGAAAUGCUGGGGCACAGAACGACUCAGCUCGAUCAUGACGCGUAUGCUGCAGGCGGAAAUCAAGAUGAGGCUCGGUGUUGGGCGAUACCGGGUGAUGGCAAUUGAGUUCGGGCGGAGAAUUCGAGGACUGGUGAUAAGACAAAUCGAUGGCAUGGCCGGUGACGACGAGGAUGAGGAGGGGCUAGAGAUGGACCAGAUGACAGGCGAGGCGCUCGAUGUCAGAGGCAGCUGGAAUAUCGUAUGGGAUCUUCAGAGCACGCAUAGCACGAAGAUGGCGCGGCUGCACUACGCCGUACACGUCGGCAUGCCAAACGGAUUGACGCCGGAGAUGAUCGAGAACUUCAGGGGGAUCAGUCAUCUGUGGCACCAGUUCUUGAUGGAAGGAGACGAAGGCCGAGCAGGGUGGAAACGCAAGGCAGCGGGCGACGAAUCGACCGGGGCACGGAAGAAGAGUAAGAAAGGCCGGCCGGAUAAGGAGGAAAACGAGCGACAUAUGGUCGAGGGACUGCGGACGCUGAUGGGUCCAGGGUCAACAUGGCGGCCAGGAAAGCAGCGGGAGUGCAUGGAGAAGAUUCUCGCGCUUCACGGAGAAGAGUCAGCGAUAUGCGUGCUACCCACGGGUGCUGGCAAGAGCUUGCUGUUCAUGGUUCCAGCCAUCAUGCGCGGCGGCGGCACGAACGUGGUGGUGGUGCCAUUCGCGGCGCUGAUGACGGACAUGGUGGACAAGGCGAGGCGGAUGGGGGUGGAUGUGAUCGAGUUCCGGCCAUCAGUUAACUCAGAACGGGAAUGCUUGCCCAGGGCAGCGCGGAUGGUGGUCGUUAGCGCGGACACGGUGUCGGUUCCAAGCUUGCUAGCAUAUGUAGAUGGCUUGAAAGAGGAUGGACUGCUGCAGCGGAUAUUCAUCGACGAGGCGCACACGGCAAUUACAGACGCUUCAUACCGGGUGAGGCUUACGCAGUUGAAGGGCUUAACGCGCUUCGAGAGGCCGAUUGUGCUGCUGACCGCGACUUUGCCGGUGACAUUUGAGCGGUGGUUCCGGGAAGAGCUGCUGGCGGAUGGCGCCGAGACUAUUCGGGAGCGGACAACGAAGCUAAAUUGCCGAUAUGAGGUGGAGCAGGUCAAGCCGGGGCCGGUGUCCCAGCCACAAUUGAGAGGGCACCUGAGUGGAGUCUCCUGUAGUCGCAACUAA